AUGAGUUCAUCGGUAAUUAGUCAACACUGUAAAAAAAUACAAGAACGAAAUGGCAUAACUAUUGAAGAAUUGAAAUCAUUACUUGAUAAUAUUGUGCUAGAAUUGAAUAAAUUAAAAGUUGAUGAUAAUAAUAACGAUUUAUUUAAUAAUAGUCUAGAAGAACUUCUCAAUGUGUCAGAUAACCUUGAUAUAAAUCAUGAAUUAUUUUUCAUAUAUCGUGAUACAUUGAUAACAUUGUUCAACAAAAGGAAUAAGUUAAAUGAACAAGAAAUAAAACUAUUGCAGAAAAUGACUCUUCUCUUUUAUUCUAUUAUGAAAGAUGUUAGAGAAAAAAAUGUUGAAAAAUAUAAAAUUUUAUUCUGUAACAAAACAUUUAUUGAAUCAAUAAAAUCAUACGUUGAUGAUGUAGCUAAAAAUGUAAACCAUUUUAAAUUGGAUACAAAUUUAACAAAUCUUAAUUAUAUCAUACUUGGAUUGAACGCUCUUCAAAUGAAACAAAAAGAACUGCAAGAUGACUCAAUAUUAUUAAUAUUAUUAGAUUCACUCGUUAAUUUGAUUUGUUCAAAAUGUUACAUUAACACAUUCAAAGAAGUUGAAUUAAAAUCAUCAUCAUUGACCAUAGUGCAAACUUUUGUAUUACUAACGUGUCCAUCUUAUAUAAGUAAUUAUGAUGGAAAACGUGUACAAGAUAUUUCGGAGGUAAUGUCUAAUUUUUUGCUUCCCAGUCAAUCGUUGGAUAUAUUACAACGAUUUACACCAAAAAUAUCUAAGUGGACAGAUGUUUUCAUUCAAUACAUGUCAAAUUUUAUGACAAUGUUACAAUAUAUCGUAUUUGGUGAUACUAGAAAACUUUAUAGUCAUAUACACUUGAAAUUAAUUGAUCACGCUCAUAUUAUACUAAAUGGAUUUACAUUGGAAAAAAUUGAAAAUGAAACACAUUUGAGUAAUUUAAUACUAUACACAGUCGUUUAUUUGUACAGUCUCACAUUUGAUCCAUCAUUAUUAACAUAUAUUAAACAAAAAAGUUUUAUAUCAACCUUAUUAAAAUUAAUCGAAGUAAAUAAUCAUCGCAUUCAAGUAAAUGCUUAUCGUACUAUAGCAACACUUAUGAGUGAAGAUGAUGUAAAACGAUUAGAAAAUCCUGGCAAAAUUACACAGGUAUUCAUUAAUUAUAUUGAGUUAUUUAUUGACAAUAUGUACAAGAAGACAGUAUUAGAAAAUACACUACUAGGAUUAAAAACUCUUGCACAACAUGAUCAGAUCAAGGAAGAACUCGUAAAACAAAAUGCUAUACCUUUAUUGAUUCGUUGUAUUACAGAAACUAAAUUUGAUGUGAUCAAAGUUCAACAAUGUGCAUUAGAAAUUCUAUGGGUAAUGACAUUCAAUGAACAAGCUGCUAGUAUUCUGAAAAACGACGAAAGAUUCAUGACACAUCUUAAAUUCCUGCAGAUGUCCAAUGAAAUUGGUGUCAGAAAAGCAACUAAUGGAAUUAUAUGGAUACUGGAACAAGAAGCCCAGUUUAUAAGCAGAAAAGCGGAGGAAGAAAUAAGAGAUAUACCAGCACACACAACUUCAUUAUAUAAAUAUGAUAUUAUGAUCAGUUAUUCACAUGCUGACAAAGACUUGUGCUACAGAAUACAAGAAAGACUAGUGAGAGACAAAUUUCGUGUGUGGCUUGAUCGUGAUAACCUUUAUGGGUCGCAAAUGCAAGAAAUGGCGGACGCUAUCGAAAAUUCAGAGUUUGUUUUCAUCUGUAUGUCUGACACUUACAAACAAAGCGCUUAUUGUCAAUCAGAAGCUCACUAUGCCUAUGAAAGACGUUGUCGAUUAAUACCGCUGAAAGUUAUCGAAAACUAUCGUCCUGAUGGCUGGCUUGGUUUUAUUCUUAGCGGUAUAGUAUAUGUGGAUUUUUCAAAACGAGACUUUGAUACUGCCUAUCGAAAGUUGAAGACAGAAAUCAAUCGUCAUCGUAAUCAACAAUCCAAAAAACAAGAUUCACAUCACCACAUAUCAUAUAGUUCUCCGACUCUUGAUAGAAGUGAAAACAUAUCUCUGAAUGUCUCACAAAAAUUAAAGACAUACGAAACCAUCCUAAUACAACAAUGGUCGGUUACAAAUGUUGUAGAUUUUCUCAUUGAAAUGAAACUGGAUGCGAUGAUACCACUAUGUGAAGAUAUGAAUGGUGAACAAUUAUAUAAAAUGUAUAAAAUGUGUAAUGCGAAUUCUGAUACAAUGUAUCAAUCGCUUAAAGCAGAAUUGAACGAGUUACAAAAUAAAACAUUACCACUCCGAGUUUAUAUUCGAUUUUUAGAUACGCUAAAAACAUAUGUUCCAGAGGCAAACGGCGCGAAAUCUAUGACUUGUACCCUCACAUAA